UGUUCACGACGACGCUCGAGGUCCGAUACAACCAUGCGGCACUGACUGCCGAACGCAACGGGGAAAUGAUCACGUUCCUUGUGGUUGACACCCAGAACGGCAAGUCAAUGCUGCUCAAUCAUCGAGACCAUGCUCAAGGGUUUGUUUGUCAUUCGAUGGCGACAAGCUCCGCGAUAUGAGAAGCGGCUCCACUGGUGACGAUGUAACUCACCUCUUCAACAAGCUGAUCAGGGCACGCUGUGCGAUUGUAAGUGAGAUCAAGGGCAGCAGCACCCUGAACUACAAGGCUCUCAAGCAGCUCGCGAGCAACGAUUCGAUCGAGUAUCGCACCCUCUAUUCACCGGCCUCGGACUACACGCCCGUAUUCAAGGCGAUCGUGGCGACCAACACCAUCCCAGAGUUCAGCGCGGAAGCAAAGGCAUCGGCGGACAUCAGCACCCUCUUUCGCAGGAUGAUCAUCGUCAACUUCCCCAUGAAAGUGGUCAAUAUCCCCGAAAGCCAGCCCUCCGCAAGCGCGAAUUGCGCAACGAUUCACCGCUGGCAAGGAAGAUCAAGACCACGAACUGGAUAUAUGCCAUGCUCAGGCUCCUCGUCGACUCCUUCCCGGAAGCUGCCGACAAAACCAAGCCACUCAGCGCCCACGACGACCUCCAGACGCCAUCCACAAGUGCACGCAAUUCUGCCUCUGCAACUUUGACAUUGUGGAGUACCUUGUCACCAAGUGCUUCGACGUGGACCCUGCACAGAAGCAAGGCCGGAUGAAACUCAGCGAUAU